AUGGAAAAUUAUACAAUUAUUGAGAAGAUUGGUGAGGGAACAUUCGGACAAGUAUUAAAAGCAAAAAGGAAGGCUGAUGGACGAGUUGUGGCCUUAAAGAAAAUUAGAAUUAGGAAACAAGAAUUUGAAGACUUUCCGAAAAAUGUAAUUAGAGAAGCAAAAAGUCUUCAACAUGUGUGCCACAAUAAUGUCAUCAAGUUGUAUGAUGUCUUUGUGAAUGGAUCAUCUCUUGUUCUCUCAUUAGAAUUUAUGAAAACAGAUUUGGCAAGAAUUAUUAAAGCCCAAAGGACACCCUUCCUUGAGUCUCAUAUCAAAUGUAUAAUGCUAAUGAUGUUAAAGGGUCUCCACAAUUGUCACACCAAUAGUAUCAUGCACAGAGACAUCAAACCUGCCAACUUACUUUUCAAUCACAACGGAGAGUUAAAACUGGGAGAUUUUGGAUUGGCUACGUUGUAUCUUGGAAAGAAUGAAUCUUACUCACAUCAAGUUGCAACAAGAUGGUACAGAGCUCCAGAACUUUUGUAUGGAAGUAGAUCUUAUGAUUGUAAAGUAGAUAUUUGGGCAGCUGGUUGUGUCAUGGCAGAAUUGUACAAUCUUUGUCCCUUAUUCACUGGUGAAAAUGAUAUUGAUCAAUUAUAUAAGGUACUUUCACUUUUGGGAAUUCCUUCAGAAAAUAAUUGGCCAGGAGUUUCCAAGUUGCCAGAUUUUGGCAAGAUAACCUUCUCGAAAAUUAAAGUGAGAACGAUCAGUGAACUAGUUCCAGGAGCUCCUGAUUUGGCUCUUGAUCUUAUGUCACAUCUAUUAAGAUUUGACAAUGAUGAAAGAUAUAGUGCUGAGGAGGCCUUAAGACAUCCAUACUUUUUUAGUGAACCUUUGCCUUGUGAUUUUUCAGAGCUUAAAUUGCCAAACAAGAUGUAG